UUAUUUUACUUUGUAAACCAAGACUUUGAACCAAGCUGUCCAAACAUUUGACGUUGCUGGUUGUGAAUUAAGAUCCAGAACCAACAAUCCUAUCCUGACCUGUUCCUUCCCUGUAAAUGACAUGGCAUUGAAAUCAGACAAAUCCACCUAAAAAGCUAUAUCCCGCCCCAUAUGCUCCACGUUAGUGAUGCACUACAGCAACAAAUUGGUCGGGUGCACGGCACGGCAAUUCAAAAUAAGCGCAUGUUAAAAAAAAAAAUUUAUAGAAAUAAAAAUGCAUGAUUGAUAUGAAGCACCGCCAUCAGAAGAUGCUAGGAUAUAAUUUUUCAAAGGCACCUAGGAUUCAGCAGCCGCCGAGUCCAAAUAUAUCCCAUGGAUGCUCUCCUCGGGCCCACCUCUCUUUAGGUCCGACGUCUUCUAAGAUGGCGGUAGCCCUUUGACCACUAUCGCGAUCAUCGAAUAAACAAAAAUACACGGUAACGUGGCAGCCACGGGUUCAAUCCACAGCUUUGAUCUCUUAACCCUCUGUUUCUAAUCCAAUUUUGAGCAUCCGUGCCGUAUUUCCUCUUUCUCGGAUUUGCAUCGCACGUGCACACUUUUCAGACAUGCAUCCCCACAUCGGCACCUUCCUUCCCAUUGCCGGGAAAAGAAGUAAAAUUACCAAAUAGACCCCGUCUCUCAGAUAUUUUAUUUCGAGUAGUAGGGCAAAAUGGCCAUUUUACGUCCCGAAAGCUCGUCAAAACGCGGUGGCGCUGGCGAGAGAAACCGCGGUUCUGGUGCUCUCUACUCUCAUGAGGACACCGCCGAUACUCCUCCUAUCACUCCUAAUCUUAGUCCUUUACUACCCUCCAUCCUCGGCCGUCGAUUUCGUCUUCAACGGCUUCGAGCCCUCCGACAUAAAUCUCUAUGGCGACGCCACCCUUGAGCCCGGCCCCGGCCGGCGCUACCUCUCCCUCACCAACGACUCCGCCUUCUCCCUCGGCCGCGCCCUCUACAAGUCUGAAGUUCCGGCCAAGUCUUCCACCUCCGCUGGCGGCGUGCUCCCCUUCUCGGCAUCCUUCCUCUUCUCCAUCGCCCCCAUCCCCGGCGUCCUUCCUGGCCACGGCCUCGCCUUCCUCUUCGCCCCCGCCGCCGGCACCCUCGGCGCCAUCUCCUCCCAGAACCUUGGCCUCUUAAACAUGACCGCCGACGGCGACCCCGCCUCCCACGUCCUCGCGGUCGAGUUCGACGUCUUCGAGAACGAGGAGUUCGCCGACAUCAACGCCAACCACGUCGGCGUCGACGUCAACUCCCUCACCUCCGUCGCUGCCUACCCCGCCGGCUACUGGCCCGACAAUCCCUCCUCCCCCUUCGUCAACCUAACCCUCAAUGACGGUUCAAACUACCAGGCCUGGGUCGACUUCGUCGGCGGACGGCUCAAUGUCACCAUGGCCCCCGCCGCCCUCGGCCGAAAGCCCCGCCGCCCCCUCAUCUCCAUCGAUCUGAACCUCUCCGCCGUCUUCCUUGACGAGAUGUUCGUUGGAUUCUGCGCCGCAACCGGGAGGCUCGUGGAGCACCACCGCAUCCUGGGCUGGAGCUUCAGCAACUCCAAUUUCUCCGCCGGCGAUGGCCUCAUCACCUCCGAUCUCCCCAAUUUCAAGCCAUCGCAGCCCACAUCCAGCACGAAAACCAAAGCCCUCGUCGCCAGCAUCUCACUCGCGGCCGCAAUCCUUGUGGUCUCCGCCGCGGUUGUGGCUCUGUUAGUGGUUCUUCGCCGCCGUCGCCGGAGAAAAAAUAGGAUGAUAGAAGAGAAUGGGCGAGGAGGCGACGAGGCGAUGGAGGAUUGGGAAUUGGAGUACUGGCCGCACCGGAUUGGGUAUCGGGAGAUCCUCGCCGCCACGGAGGGCUUCUCUGCUAAGAACCUGGUCGGCUACGGCGGCAACGGGAGGGUAUAUAAGGGGUUCUUGGCCGGCGCCGAGGUCGCCGUGAAGGUCCUCUCCCAGAGCGGCGCCGACGAAGCCCGGCAAUUCGCGGCGGAGGUUUCCAGCCUCGGCCGGCUCAAGCACCGCAACCUCGUCGGCCUCCGCGGCUGGUGCCGCACCCGCCGAGAUCCGGCCGCCGGUGGCGGCAGCGGCGGCGAGAUCAUGAUCCUGGUGUACGAUUAUAUGGAGAAUGGGAGCUUAGAUAACUGGAUCCACGGUGCAUCGGAGCCGUUGGAUUGGGCAUCGAGGGUGAGGAUUUUAAAGGAUGUCGCGGCGGCGGUGCUAUAUCUGCACGAGGGGUGGGGGGAGGGGCGUGUGGUUCACCGGGAUAUAAAGUCGAGUAAUGUCCUGCUGGACCGGUGGAUGGCCGGCCGGCUCGGGGACUUCGGGUUGGCCCGGGCCCACCCGCACGACCGGGCGCUGGGGACCAGCCGGGUGGUGGGGACUGCCGGCUACCUGGCGCCGGAGGAGGUGUUCCGGAGCGGCCGGGCUACGGCGGCCAUGGAUGUGUACGCCUACGGGGUUCUGGCGCUGGAGGUGGUCUCCGGCCGGCGGCCUGCAGAGGAGGGGCGGCCGCCGCUGGUGGAGUGGGCGCGGGGGCUGGGGGCGGCGGCGGCGGUGGAUCCGAGGGUGAGGGGAAUGGUGGGGUUCGACAACGCGGAGGUGGAGCGGGUGGUGGCGCUGGCGCUGGCGUGCACCAUCGUCGACCCGGCGGCGAGGCCGACGAUGAGGCAGGUGGUGAGGGCGCUGGAGGCCGGUGAUGAGAAAGUGGACGGCGAAGAUGGGGAGAGCGCAGAGGCGUGGCUGCUGGACGCGAGGUUGGGGUCGGCGAUGGUGGAACCCGGUCCAAAAUUUUUGGGGCCCACCGGGACCCACCGCCACCUAACGUUCGAGGAACUCCGGCAGUCCAUGUCCUGCUCCAUGUCGCUCUCCGAUUCGGACGUCAUCACGGAGGGCCGUUGACACGUGCGGUGAAACACGUCUGCGAUGAAAAUGUGAGAUUAUUUUUUUAUUUUGUCUAAAUUUUAAGAUUUUUUUUCUUUUGUAAAGAACAGCGAGGGAUUGAGGUGAUAAUUUAAUUUAAGAAAGAGUUUUAUGUUCCCCACGUUUUUUCUUUUAUAGUUGUAAUGGUUUGACACGGAGAAUAUGCAUAGAAUUUUUCGCAAGAUUAAUUUUACUCCGUACUUUUCAAUUGCUUUCAAAUGAUGUUUUCGGGGUAGUCUUUUCCCCUUUCCGUACAAUAAUUUGUACGGAUGGGACUAAGCGAAAAGGACGAUAGAGUUGAGAAAUUUGUUUCAAGGAGAUGGAAAACGGUUGUCACGCGAGGCCAAGACUAGUUAGAAACUUGGAAUUGGCUCCCUUGAUUAUUUAAUGACAUGAUAAGAUGCCUAGAUGGAUGACUCAUAGGUGUUAUAAGAAAAAUCUUUGAGGAUCACCAAGAAGAAAUGACCGGACAGAACAGAAAUUUCCGGCAAUCACAAGAUAAUGAAUUAUGAAAUUGUACCAACUUCCAACUAAGGUGAUGUAAUCGGAAAAAAAAAAAAAGGAAAAAAAAGUGCGCAUAGCUUUUCCAGGUUGCUUCAUCCACUUGUGUAAUCGAAAAGAUCUGUCACCAACUUAAAUAGACAUGAUAUAUUAUUUUGAUUGCAUUCCCAAGCUAUGAAGAUGACAACUCCACCGUUGGUCCAUCUAUUCCCUAGCUUCUCUAGUAAAUUUUUUUGUUUCUUAUGGUUCUUGUUGACCCAUCCAUAAUGGCUUGACUGAAGCCAUUUGAGUUCCCACCUUGAACAAGGCUCUGUUAGUAUGGGAUAGCUUAGAGCCUUCAUCUGCUAUUUUGAACAAAACAAAAGCAAGAUCUAUCAAUAAAACCAAAUUGUUGACUGUUCGACCUUUUACUUUCUUAGAAUUUAAAGAUCUCUAUAUCCAAGAAAGCUCAUAUAAUGACCAGUUGCUUUUAAACUACGAUAGAAACGAAUUGCAAUUAGUGCAACUUCUUGCAGGUCAAAGAACUGAUAAAAUGGAUAUAUCCAGUCCUGUUGCAAAAGGAAGAGAGCAGCCCCAAGCAGCCAUAAUGCAUUCAGCCUAACAAGCAUGGGUGGAGUUGGGUCCACUCUUUCCAUCAAACCAAUAAAUAAAGUGACAAAUUGUACAUAGAAUUACUCAAAACCAUGAGUGCUAAAAUCAUCAACCUGAAAAUUCAUUUGCACUUCGACUGUAGGAGAUAUUGUUAGUAUCUUAAAAUUUAUGCAUGCCCCUUCUUUUAUAAAAGGGCUCGCAAUCUACUCCCAUCAGUAACGCUUCUAUUGCGGCGUUCUCACAGAACAGCCCAUUCCUUUGGCAUUCCUCUUUGACCCCAUUCAUCCUGAUACAAGAGUUGUAACUUGUGGAGCUGGUUUCAGUAUCAAAUGCAACGACCUUAAGUAAUAGACUGAAUGCGCGUUGGUGAAUCUGG